CUUUUUUAGUGGGGAAACCUGGAAGCUCUAGAGAUCGGGGUUGCCCGGCAACAAAUGCCAGGUAUUCAGUUUGGGCCCCCAUUCCCCACGCAGCUACACCCAAGAAGAUCUUCGAUUAGAAAUGUCCCGUCAUGAUCAGCACUACGUCAGCGCCAGGAGCGUGUCGACAAAGGACCAGAACGACCCUGAAACGGGUGGAGAUCGAAACAGUAACGACCGAGACUUAGUUUCUAAGAAGAUUUACAACGGACGGCACGUUCAGGAUUGUCCAUGUUACGGGGGAAAGGCAAUGUUGAACUGCUCGAACGAAAACCUUCUUUUGGAAAAAGAGUUGGGAGGUAUACCAAAGGACACAGAUUAUAUUUCAAGUGAUCACGAUGACACGCAGUCUUGGUCUCAACAAAGCCUGCUAUCCUCUGAUCGUUCCAAGAGCUAUAGUCAGAUAUACAGCGAAAUUUUGGAAGAGUCUAAGGAACGACAAGAGAAAGCGGAGCGCGCUUUUCAGGUCUACCAUAUUAACAGAUCUAAACUUCGUGGGUCCGAUCAACUAUCGUUUCCCAGGGGUCCGGGAAGCGGGAGUUAUGGAAGCAGCAUAGGCUCAGAGUAUUCUGGUAAACUCGAAGGAGGCUACAAGGAGUACGACAGUUCUUCGACAGACCCUUCACGAGAACAAGUUCUAAGAAAUCGUGGAUCCUUCAGUUGCUUGGAAGAACUUCUUAACCCAGUAUCAAAUAGAGAUAAGGGGAUUAGACCAAAUCAUUUCAAAAGAGAGUCAUAUAAAACAGAACUAACAGAAAGGCACUGUUGCCAAAAAAAUCAAGAAGCAACCCACUCGUAUUCCUGUCCAUUGGAAAGUGGGUUUUGCAAUGGUGCUUUAAAUACCAGGCACAGAGCAAGAUCAUGUGUCUGCGCACAAGAGUCUUACGCUUGUAGUGUUUGCACUGCCCACUUCAGAUCAGGAAAGUACCAUUUCGAGGGCUACGACGCAGAGGAGACUGAUGGACCCAAUUACCCUGUAAAUUGCAAAAGUUACAUUCCAACAACUGCGACAUCGCAAUCUCGCUCAAAAAAAAAUUAUCUUUCGAGCUGCAGCACAUGCCAUCGUCGUCAUCCUCAUUAUCAUCGCCAGAGGAGUGUGCCAAAGACGUAUCAAGAUCGUGGCAAUAGUCCCAUUAACAUCAAGACGAGGAGCAAAGUGCACUACCAGGAACCUCACUCCGAAUUUGGCACCGAGAAAGUUAAGGCGGCUCAGCUUGGAAGAUCAGGUGCCUCCAUUGGGGUGCAAUGUCCCAGUCGAGAUGAGACCGCGGAUUGGACGGAUUGGACUCUAGAUACGGAGCAUUGUGACCCACAGAACAAAAGUCAUCAAGACGGUUGGUUGAGCUCAAAAAAAAAAAGACGGGCUAUUCAUACCAAGCAAAGCGUGUACGAUGAAAGCCCAAUAAUGCAAAGGGAUACAAUUGCUAGGGGUGUCGACAUACUUUAUUCUUCUGGAGCAUUUACAUUUGGGAAGCAUCCUAGUGUCAUCACCGCGGAUGCAUCUCAUUGCUACAAAGAUCUAGGUCAAAAUAUGAUCGAUAGUCAGCUAAGUAAUUCCGUUGCUCUCGACAAAAGUGAAUAUAAUUAUAGUCAGUAUUGCUACGAAGCCGAGGUGAGCGAUAAUAACAAAUAUGUUUCCGAUAAAUCCGACCCUAAGGUCUCAAGUGAGGAAGGGUAUCUACUUGAUCAACACUAUGUUAUAGGUGAACAAGACUUGAUGCACGAGGGUGGACCAGACGUAUCAUCAAGUGAGGUAACCAAGUCGAAAAGCUUUCUUAGCCUUAAGAUAUACGAUGCUGACAAAGCCCUGAUGGAAAUUCCACAUGAUUUCGAGGGUCCUGCAAUAGUUCUGAAUGAUGACGCCGACUUUCUGGACAUCACACUGACCGACGACGAAGAGAAGAUUCGGGCUAAGUUAAUGGCAGCAGCACUCACUACAAGAAAGAGUACCUCCUCCAUCAGCCUUAAUAGCAGUCUUAAGACCCGUCCGUCCAUAGAGCCGAGUAGUUUGAGUUACAAGCCCAGUGUUAUCUUCACUCGUCGAUCGGAGGUCCUCACAGAUAACUAUGCUCCCCGUCCGAAUGAUCGCGUAGCCCUGCUCGCAGAGAAAUUUCUGAAGAGCUUUAGCGAAUCUGCCUAUGAUGAUUCUGGAUGGAAGCCCUCGACACAGGAGGUGUGCUCUACAGGCGGAAAAGGAGUCACCAAAGAGGGAGGCGAUACUCCACUUCUAGUGGACCGUCAGCUGCUGUCCGAGGAAUUCAACAGGAAACUGCAUCGUCAGCUUAAAGUUAUUGUAGAGAGCUUUCAGUGAGUUUUCUUGGAGCUUAUAUUUUCUAUUAGCAACUGCGUGUCAUAAAAUACAUAGCGAAAUUCUUUCACCGCA